GUUGAAAAAUAUAAUGAGAGGUUUUGAAGAUGCAAAAAUGUUUAGGGCAAAACUGCCUCCGCCCACAGAUCAUCUUCGCCUGCCUGGCCGCCGUCGCCCUCGCCCGCCCUCAGAAACCCGAUUCUGAGGCCGAGACCAUUUUGGACGAGAGGUCCGACAACGGCGACGGAAACUUCCAGUACACUUUCCAGACCAGCAACGGCAUCAGCUCCUCCAACACUGGCACUCCUGGAUCUGAGGGCCAGAGCAACAUGCAGGGAACAUACAGCUUCCUCCUUCCCGACGGAACAACCGCCGAAGUGAGCUUCAUCGCCGACGAGAACGGCUUCCAGCCGUCGUCCGACCUCCUGCCCGUCGCCCCGCCGCUGCCCGCCCACGUGCCCGAACUGCUCCGCAUUGCUGAGGAGCAACGGGCGAGCGGAAUCACCUUUGAAUAAAUGCACUCACUCUCAUCGACCAUUUCGUUUCGUCAUUCUCUGAUAUGUAUAUACGUGUGUAGUGUCUGGAGUUACUGAUUGUUUCAAUAAAGAUUACACGUAAU